GGCGCGUGCUCUGCUGUGUCUGUCGGAGUUGGCGCGAACGUGCACGCCGGCGCGAGACAAAGAGUAUCCUGCUGCGCUCCCGUGAAACUUCACCGGUAUCCCGCUAUCGGUUCAGUCUGUGUGGGAGAGCUGUUCGUUGAGGCGUUAUGGCUGAUAAAGAAGCUGCAUUCGAUGACGCGGUGGAGGAGAGGGUGAUAAAUGAAGAAUACAAAAUAUGGAAGAAAAACACCCCUUUUCUCUACGAUCUGGUAAUGACCCAUGCACUGGAGUGGCCAAGUCUUACUGCUCAGUGGUUGCCCGAUGUCACCAGACCUGAAGGGAAGGAUUUUAGUGUGCAUCGUCUGGUUCUUGGCACACAUACCUCUGAUGAGCAGAACCAUCUGGUUAUUGCCAGCGUCCAGCUGCCCAAUGAUGAUGCCCAGUUUGAUGCCUCACAUUAUGACAGUGAAAAAGGAGAGUUUGGUGGUUUUGGCUCUGUGAGUGGCAAAAUAGAGAUUGAGAUUAAAAUUAAUCAUGAGGGAGAGGUGAAUAGGGCUCGCUACAUGCCACAGAACCCCUGCAUCAUUGCCACCAAGACCCCCACAAGUGAUGUGCUGGUCUUUGACUACACCAAGCACCCCUCCAAACCUGACCCCUCCGGAGAGUGCACUCCUGACCUGCGUCUUAGGGGGCAUCAGAAGGAGGGUUAUGGUCUGUCCUGGAACCCCAACCUGAGUGGCUGCCUGCUGAGUGCAUCUGAUGAUCAUACUAUCUGUUUGUGGGACAUCAGCACAGUGCCUAAGGAAGGAAAGAUAGUGGACGCCAAGACCAUUUUCACUGGGCACACUGCUGUGGUGGAGGAUGUGUCCUGGCACCUGCUACACGAGUCGCUCUUUGGGUCUGUGGCUGACGACCAGAAGCUUAUGAUCUGGGACACGCGCUCCAAUAACACAUCCAAGCCCAGUCAUGCAGUGGAUGCCCACACUGCAGAGGUCAACUGCUUAUCCUUCAACCCUUACAGCGAGUUCAUUCUGGCAACUGGUUCUGCUGACAAAACUGUUGCAUUGUGGGAUCUGCGAAACCUCAAGCUGAAACUUCACUCAUUUGAGUCACACAAAGAUGAAAUCUUCCAGGUUCAGUGGUCGCCCCAUAAUGAGACCAUCCUGGCCUCCAGUGGAACAGACAGGAGACUCAAUGUGUGGGACCUCAGUAAAAUCGGUGAGGAACAGUCACCCGAAGAUGCAGAGGAUGGACCUCCUGAGCUACUGUUUAUUCACGGAGGCCAUACAGCUAAGAUUUCAGACUUCUCUUGGAAUCCAAAUGAACCGUGGGUUAUUUGUUCUGUAUCUGAGGACAACAUCAUGCAAGUCUGGCAGAUGGCGGAGAACAUCUACAAUGAUGAGGACCCAGAGGGGGCAGCAGAUACUGAGGUCCAGGGAUAAAAAAAUAAUACAACAGCUCUCAAUCUUCACACCAACCCACUCUCAGCAUAAGAUGUCUUUUUUCAAAACUCUGUCACAUCUACACAGUAGUGAAGAUCAAGUGCUUGACCCUACAUAAUAAAAUAGGAACAGUUGAUUAUAACUUCAAACACUUUUCUACUAUGUUAAUAGAGUAUUUUUCUAAGAUAUGUCAGUUGAUUGAUCAUCGGCAUUGACCAGAAUGUGAGCUAAAUAACCCUUUUCACCCUAUUCAACCCGGUUUCUCAUUGGGAUUUUAAGUAUGCUUUAAAAGUAUUACUUAAAAUAUAAAAAUGUAUACAGAUAUGUAGUAUAUUGUUUUGACAUGCGUGCAGUGGUUCAUUGGUAAUGUUCAGUAGAUUUUUUAAGUUGAAAAUCAAUUUUUUGAAGCAUCCAUUUAAAUACAUGACUAGAUAUAUUGAUAACUUAAGCUCUUGUGUACUCUUUUGAGCUUCACGUAAUGUUAAGGUGGUAUGUUGUUUAAUGUCUUUUUAAUAUUGUGACUUUUUUCAGUGACUUUGUCCAUUCUGUUGUACAGAACAUUAUGAAUAAACUUUUUGUUGUUA